AUGUACAACUGGUCCCAUCAGUUACUAAGGGUCUGGAAUCAGCGCGAACUUCUGGCAUACAAACUCCAUCAAAUUGGUAAAUUGACAAUGCCCACGAAGCCAAGUGCUCAGGAUGGCCUUAAGCCAGCCAAUGCGGUCAAGUGGUUGCAAACGGCUUUCUCUAUGGCUGAUCAAUUGGACGAUACAGCGGGUUCGGGGGUUGCGGAACUCAAGAUAUCUCUAUUACGCACGGUGGCUAGGGCAUAUUUUGUAUCGGAAUCCUACGAUCGUGCAGAGGCUGUUCUAAACGAGCUCCUGCCAACCAUAGACACAUCUACAAAUCACGCAAGUUCCAAAUAUCAAGAACUACGGUGGCUGAGGUUGGCUGUUUUGAAAAGGAGGAAAGCUGGCGAUCCCGCUCUCCUUGAUGGUAUUCCAGAUACUUCUAUGUGA